UCUUAGCCGGGGACUAUAUAUAAAAGCCGCACAUUACUAUACUGCAACGUACUAAACACUUCUGCGAACCGACCCACCCAAACUGCUCUUGGUUCGCCAACCAGUGAAAGCGAAGAAGAUAUGAGUUUUUGGAGAACAACACUUGCUGCGAGACCAGAUAUCUGGCCACUGGUUCUCAUAACCUCUUUCGGCGCGCUGUUUGGUACAACCAUGCUCGUCAGAGCCGGCACGCGCUACCAUGACGUCUCGUGGCGUCAUGAAAGUAAUCCCUUUCCAUACGAGAAACUCAAAUACAACCAGAAAACCAAGCUCAUGCACAUUGCAAGUUAUGAUCAUCUGAAGGACGAAGUACCAAAGUUUUAAACAGACAGUCUUCAGAACAGACUCCAAUAAUACUAUACUGGUACCUAGUGCUAAAUCGCUCAACAGCCGCAGCUGUAGUUUUUUUGGCCUCAGUUGUCUCCCCUCCUUUUUUGCUUCAAUUGUUGGUUCUCAUAAGUAUUUUUAUGGGCAUAGUUUCCUAUGUGCAAACAUUGGUUAAUUACUCCUUACAUGUAUCGUGGUCAUUGGCGCAUAGCUAAAAUUUCACGACACCCCCGAGCUAGCUAGCUAGCUCUCUAUAUAAUAGCUAGCUAGCUAAAACACUAGGUUUAUGCGCAUGCUCGUAAGACGGCGCGCGCGAGGGUCUAACGUGAUCUCACGUGUUUCCAUGGUUAAGUCACGUGCCAUUUUGUUGCGCGCUGUGUGUGGAAGAAGAAAGAAUGAGUCUCAUGAGAACGCUGAGCACAAGGCCAGACGUAAGUCGCCAAGAGCUCCGCACACACUAUAGGAGAACCUCUCCUCUCUGUCCCCCACUUUAGAUCUGGCCGGUGGCCGUGAUCACGGUGUUUGGAGCCGCGCUGGCCAGUGCCAUGAUCUUCAGGUCCAGCACACGCAACAUUGACGUAUCGUGAGUCCUCAUUCUACGUGUGUAACCCUCGCUGACCCGUUCCAUCCGCGUUCAGGUGGCGCCGCUCAACAAACCCUCACCCCAACGAGAAUGUCCAAUUCAACCAGCAUACAAAGGCAAGCGGCAUCGCUUCCACCCUGGUUCUGUAACGAACCACACCCCCCUCCUCCCCACUGCAGUUUAUGAAGGUCGUGGACUAC